AUCAGAAGAAGAACAACAACAACAAGAGGAAGAAGUACAGCAAGAACAACAAGAACUCUCUGCGUGGUUUCAUUUCAGUUGUUUCAUUUGGAAGAUGAGGCACAACUCGAACGUCCCGGCAUUCCUCGCCAAGCUGUGGACGCUGGUCGAGGAUGCGGACACCGAUGAAUUAAUCUGCUGGAGUCAGGAGGGCAACAGCUUCCGAGUGUUGGACGAGCAGCGCUUUGCUAAGGAGAUUCUCCCCAAGUUCUUCAAGCACAACAACAUGGCCAGUUUCAUCAGGCAGCUCAACAUGUAUGGAUUCCGUAAGGUUAUACACAUUGACACAGGCAUUGUAAAACAGGAGAGAGACGGUCCAGUGGCAUUUCAGCACCCGUACUUCAAACAUGGACAGGACGACCUGCUGGAGAACAUCAAGAGGAAGGUUUCUAAUGCUCGGCCGGAGGACAAUAAGAUACGACAGGAAGACCUGACAAAAAUCUUGGCCAGUGUUCACAGUGUUCACAGCAAACAAGAGAACAUUGAUGCCAGGCUGUCAACACUCAAGAGGGAGAAUGAAGCUCUCUGGAGGGAGAUCUCAGAUCUGAGACAGAAACAUGCCCACCAACAACAGCUCAUUAAAAAGCUGAUACAUUUCAUCGUCACAUUAGUACAGAACAACCACAUCCUGAAUUUAAAGCGUAAGAGGCCAAUUCUUAUUAACAGCAAUGGAAAGAAGCCCAAAUACAUUCAUCAGAUCUAUGAUGACAAAGUGUGUGUUGAACAGCCAUCUGUCAACAGUCUGAAUGGUGUGAAGGGCUCUGAGAUAUUGGAUGAUGUUAUCAUCUGUGACUUGACUGAGAAUGAUGCAGAAGUGAUGGCGGAGAUCACAGAGGGGUCACAUACAGACUAUGAGGAAGGUGAUGUAGAAAUCGUGGAAGUAGAGCUGAACAACUGUGCAGUCUUGCCAGCGGAGACGGAGGUCAGCACCACCUGCACAGAUAACAAACAGACAGAGGCUGGUGUGCCAGCAUCAUCAGAAGAUGCCCAGAGGAGCAGCAUUUUAGACAGCAGUUGCCCGACCAGCAGCGCCCUGCAGCUCAAUAAAGCCUCAGGCCUCAGUCUGGAGGACCCCUUCAAGAUGAUGGACUCCAUAUUGAACGAAAACGGAGCUAUAUCACAGAACAUCAACCUGCUUGGCAAGGUGGAGCUGAUGGACUAUCUGGAAAGUAUUGACUGCAGUCUGGAGGAUUUCCAGUCCAUGCUAUAUGGAAAGCAAUUUGGAAUUGAUUUUGAUGCCAUAGAGGAGAGUGUGCCCUCCAAAGAGAACACUGCACAGCUGAACAGAGACAGGACAGAAGAAGAAAACAUUGCUCUGGCUGUAUGUUUAGGGUCAUUGUCCUGCUGGAAGAUGAACCUCCGCCCCAGUCUCAAGUCUUUUGCAGACUGCAUCAGAUUUUCUUCAAGGAUUUCCCUGUAUUUGGCUCCAUCCAUCUUUCCCUCUAUUCUGACCAGUUUCCCUGCACCUGCUGAAGAGAAGCAUCCCCACAGCAUGAUGCUACCACCACCAUGUUUCACUGUUGGGAUGGUGUGCUCAGGGUGAUGGGCAGUGUUGGGUUUUCGCCACACAUAGCGUUUUGCAUUGAGGCCAAAAAGUUCCAUUUUGGUCUCAUCUGACCAGAGCACCUUCUUCCACAUGUUUGCUGUGUCUCCCACAUGGCUUCUGGCAAACUCCAAACGGGAUUUUUUAUGGAUCCCUUUCAACAAUGGCUUUCUUCUUGCCACUCUUCCAUAAAGGCCCGAUUUGUGCAGUAGACGACUAAUAGUUGUCCUGUGGACAGAUUCUCCCACCUCAGCUGUGGAUCUCUGCAACUCCUCCAGAGUAACCAUGGGCCUCCUGGUUGCUUCUCUGAUUCAUUUUCUCCUUGUCCGACUCUUCAGUUUGGGUGGACGGCCUCCUCUUGGUAGGUUUGCGGUUGUGCCAUAUUCUUCCAUUUUCUUAUGAUGGAUUUUAUGGUGCUCAGAGAGAUGUUCAAAGCUCUGGAUAUUUUUUUAUAACCUAACCCUGCUUCAUAUUUCUCCACAACUUUAUCCCUGACCUGUUUGGUGAGCUCCUUGGUCUUCAUGAUGCUGUUUGUUCAGUAAUGAUCUCCAACAAACUCUGAGUCUGUCACAGAACAGGUGUAUUUAUACUGAGAUUAAAUUGCAGACAGGUGGACCCUAUUUACAAAUUAUGUGACUUGCAAAUGUGACUUGUGAAUGCAAUUGGUCGCUCCAGAUCUUUGUUAGGGGUUUCACAGUAAAGGGGGUGAAUACAUAUGCACUCAACACUUUUCAGAUUUUUAUUUGUAAAUAAUUGUGAAAUCCAUGUAAUAUUUCCCCCCACUUCCAAAUGAUGCACUAUUUUGUGUUGGUCCAUUACAUAAACUCACGAUGAAAUAAAUUGUAAUCUGUGGUUAUACCAUGACAAAAUGUAGAAAAGUCCAAAGGGGGUUAAUACUUAUGCAAGGCACUGUACAUAAAUCAAUUUUGUCCUGUAUUGUUAAAUGUUAGAAUAUCAAAUUUAAUCAAAAGGCCGUUAUGUGGGGUGGAACUGCUAGCUCUACGUCCAGCCCUCCUCCUUUAUCCGUUUUUUUUUUUUUCUUCUUAAGUCUGGUUUAGUUUUCAGGGCCCUGAAAGGGUUCAGUUUCACCACGUUCCACACGAGAGAUGUGGGAAUGUGUCGAUUCUUAGAUGCAUCACGAUGUGGACUCUGCAUCAAUGAAGAGACUGAACUCAAUGACUCGUUUUUUCCAGUGACAGUGAAGAUACAUUGACACUUAUAUCCCGCUCUGUAAGCCAGGGCAGGAUCAGCGGUGGCGUUGCGCACGCGCAAUUCAUUUGCAGUUCUGGAGGACGCGGAGCGUGGGUCUCCUCUCUGCUCGGACUGCAGCUGGGAGACUGACCGCCUGUGAGUGCGUUGGGAUGGCGGAGGGGCUCACGGCAGCACCCGCUGCUCGUUGAGGACAGUAACUGCAGAACGAUACGUGCUUUCACGUCAGUCUCCAAAAAAACAGAAAGUCUCCAAUAUCACCAGAAAAAGUCGCUAGAUUUUUCGCUAGUAGCUUUUGACAAAAAAAGUCGCCAUGAGGGAUUGGAAAGUCCCCAGAUUUAGCGACAAAGUCGCUAAGUUGGCAACACUGGGCGGGGCAAUCAAAACAGGUCAAUAUGAGGAGGGUUUUUUUAGACCGGGUAAGUGGGUGCAGUUUUAAAUGAUCCUUGUGGUAUUUUGACCAAAAUAUGUUACAGACAUUUCAUUAAGACCCCAAGGAACCCUAUCAACUGUGGAAAAAUGGGCAUAAUAUGUCCCCUUUAAGAAGACAAUAUGUGUGUUAGUUACUGUUCCACCAUGAUCCCUCACUUCAUUGUGUUAGUUUGAGUUGAGGUGUGGAGACAGUGAGGAUACAUCAAUUUAAUCCUCAUCAGAGCUUUCAGUGAGCCUUGUAAACUGAAUGGAAGCAGCAUGUGUCCACACAUUUAUUCCGCUGUGUCCAUCAGUUGGUUGGCCGUCCGCAGUGUUACAUCAGCACAAAGUGUAAUUAGUAGUUCUCUUUACAACACAUAUGGUGUCAUUUUUUGCAUGAUAACAGUCAGGCAAAUGGUGAUUAUCGAUUAUGUUUUCGUUUUUUGACCAUUUGUUUUUGUUCAGAUAAGCAGUUAAUCCAGUACACCUCCUGCCCCCUGCUGGCCAUCCUAGAUGGCUGUACCCCUUCUCCAGAGUUGGACCCAGGCACCAGUGGCAGCAGCAGCAGCUCCUCUGAUUUCGCCAUCAUCCACCUUCAGCCCUCCUCCA